GGAUUCUUUGCAGUCUCUCAAGAACAAACUGAGUCAGAUGAAAAGUGGAGAAGGAGGAAAAUCCAAAAGGACUUCACCAGGCUACAGAAAGACAUGCGACAACUGAGGAAGGAGCAUGAACAUGACCUAGAAUACAUGAAGAAAGAGCUGUUAGAGGAGAGUGAGAAAAAGCUGAAACUCGAGUUAGAAGACAUAAACAUGAAGCACAACUCUAAUAAGCAGUUAAUGAGGGAGGUCAACACACAGAUGGCUUUGAAAGAGAAGGAGCUUGAUACAGCAGUGAAGGAGACCAUUGCGAAGGCCCAGAGCGUUGAAGCAGAGCUCAUCAGCAGCCAUCGGGAGGAGGCCGGUCAGCUGAGGAAGGAGAUUUCGCAGAAGGAGGAUGAUUUGCACAGAACUGUUCAGAAAUAUGAACAGGUUAUUCAGAGUCGAGAGGAGGAGAUGGGAGACAGAGUGUGGCAGGUUCAGAAACAACUGGAGGAGUUACAAGCAAGGAGCCAAAGUGCUUCAGAGACACCAGUGACCCCAGAAGAUCUACAGGCUCAACUUGCUGAAAAGACCACUUUGUUGAGCGAGGCUCGGCUGAAGGAGCAGGAGUUUGUCGAGAGAAUUCACUCGCUUGAGGACAAGAUUAAAUGCUUCCACCGAAACACUGUCGUAACUCACCUCGGGAGCACAUUCAGAGAUCCUGGAUACAGUCCCUCUGAUGCCGUCUCUGAACCCAUUGAGAUGGAGUAUCUGAGGAAGGUGCUGUUUGAGUACAUGAUGGGACGAGAAACGAAAACGAUGGCCAAAGUGAUUACCUCCAUGCUCAAGUUUCCUCCAGACCAAGCGCAAAAGGUUUUGGACAAAGAAAACUCAAAACCAAUUCCUUGGCUAGUGUCACUUGAUUAGUGUCUGAAUGGUUCAGUUCCGUCUGGAUGAAAAUCUGCUGCUGCUACUGCUGCUGAAGGGGAAGACUGCCAUGGAUUUUAUCAAGCCCUUCUCUCUGCAUUUCUUGUCGUUUUAUGUGUAUGUAUGCGUGCGGGUGUUUGUGUGUGCGCACGAUGUCGGGCAUAAUUGUGUGCGUGAUGCGGUAUGUGUGGAUCCAUCUAAAGGUAUGAGGGGAAUUUAAAAGAAACACAAAUCUUCCAUAAAUCCAGUUAUACUUUGAGUUUAAGUUAAAUGUAUGUUUUAGAUGAAGACAAAAUCAUUUUCCUUUUAUUUUAGAAUGUGUUUAUACAGGUUGGCUUGUGCAAUAAAUGAUAUCAUUAUCACAUAUUGACGCUGACGGUCAGUUGAUUUGUAGGUUUCUGUGUUGUGCUGUUCUUCUGUAAAACUGUAGACGACCCUUUAACUGUGCACCCAUCACCACAUUAAGAUCUACUGGCCUCUGGACCUUGUUUGUUUAUCACAAGCUUUUCUAUGCUUUAUAUUUUCACACUGACAGAAACCCCAAAAAACAAAACUGUACAUUGUAUUAUGGUAAUUAAAACUGUAUUAUAAGGCACUAUAUGACUUGCUACACGUUUUCAACUAACAAAUUAAAUCUUAUUUACAGAA